UGCUAGCCGAUUGGUGAACGGUCUGUUCUAUCCAGCCUCGACGUCCCACGUUAAAACCCUAAACCCUUUAACUGUAGUCUUCCUCUAACGACUGCGUUUUUCCAGCAAUGGCGGAUUACAAUUCGACCUUAGAAUCUUCAUCGACGAACAAGAUGAAGAACGGAAAGAAGAAAAGAAAGCAAAAAAGUACUGAAAUUAAUGAACUAGAAAAAGAAGCACAAGAACAUAGUGGAGGUCCUUCGAAAAUUCCACGCAUCGAUAAGUCCGAGGGAGAAAUCGUAGAAACAAACACGAAGCUCGAAGAUUUUUCUCCAUGGAGGAAUCUGCAGCUAAUUUUAUUCCUCCAGAACGAAGACAUCGACCUUCUAAAGAAGGUUGAUUUGGCAUUCAGUUAUGUGAAUUCGAUAACUGAUGAAGCAGUGGAUGAUAUUGUUCAAUGCCCUGAGACGAUUAAUAGUUGUAGAGUGUUAGUUUUUAUGAACAACUGGGUACAAUCAGUCUUGAUUUCAUCAGAGAAGAAAAUGAGGCAGGAAGGAAACAAAGCUGAGUAUGAAGUUUCCUCAGCGUUGUGUUUGGAUAUCAGAGGCUGGAAAAUUUUGAAAUUCUGUUUGGAGAAGUCGCAGAAUCUACAUGUUUCACUGACCUUUUCUAGAGACUUAUUAUGGGUUAUUCAUUGCGUAGCAAGGGAUAUGUUAUCUCAUAUAAAUUAUCUAACCUCAUGUUGCGAGGUGGCACUUUCUUGUGAGCAAUUGGAAUUUUAUGACACUGUGCUGAAUUGUAUCUCAUCAAUCUUCUCAUCCCAUGGUGGAUUUUCAAAUGAAAAUCUGGGUAUAUGGAUUUCGGUCAUGAAUAUGGUGCUAGACCUUGCCUUAAGGCUUGUUAAAGACGAGCUUGAUAAUUGUAAGGCGGGCAACUUAUUCAUGCAAUUACCUUGUAGCCUACUGGAGCCAUUUGCGAAGUUCUUGAGGGUCCAUCCUAUGCGCAAAAAUGGUUUUCUUGAUUUCAUAGAUAAACUUCUGGAGCCUCUGUUGCACUUGUUGGUUGUGCUGCAUUCUGAUUUUGUUGGCAGUAAUUCUGAAUGCAGAAUAAAUCUAUCUAAGUUGGCUGAAGAAGUGUUAGCUCAGGGGCUCUUCCACCCAGCUCGCAUUGAUGGGUUUCUAUGUUUACAAAGUACUGGUAGAUAUAAAAGUUCAUAUGAUGGUGCAUUAAGUGAGGAAAAAUCGGUCAACAGAAGUUAUCACAGACACCUGUUUGAUAAACUGGAGAAGAUUGCAGCAAAUAAGAAUGAAUAUGCAUUAGGCGGUCUAGGACAGCUGCUUCACUUGUUUGUUAAUUCGGUCACUAAGCAAAAGGGAACUUCAGUCAGCAGAGGAGGGUCUGGGGGCUCGGAAAUCAGUUCAACCAAUAAUUUGCCUGAAAACUUUUCCCUAACCAGAAUGGUUAUUUCAGAACACAGGCCCAGCUCUAAUGGUUUGGACGCUGAAAUGCGGAAGUCAGUUUUUGAAUUUUUUGUACACAUCAUGGAACCUCUAAUAACAGACGUUAAUAAAUAUCUUCAUGUUGAUGGGGAACUUGGAUCUAUGUUAAUGAAUGUUUCGUGCAUGGUAAGAGCCAUUAAUAAUUUGCUUGCCUGCAUUGUUCAUGAAAAGGUGUAUGUAAGAACAGAAGACACCUCUGAAGGGGCUUCCAUUAUGUUUCUGAGGUUACUUUAUGAUUUGUUGGUGUCAUUUUCUGCCAAAAUUAAUGAUGUAAGUACUUUUGGCUCAGAGAAAAGUUCACAUGGAGAAGUCUUGAUUUCAACAAGAAAGGAGAUUAUUGUGUCUGUACAUCAUUUAUUAGAUAUCGAGUACAAAGUUGUGGAUGAUGAUCUUGAGAGCUUAUGGACUAUGAUUUUUUCCUCUGUAGCCUGUAGCAAUAGUUCGAUAGAUGUGCUGGAUCAGUCUGUGUUGUCUACUGAGAUUCUGAGUCUUGGUUGCAGGCUGGUUGAUCUUUACAGCGAACUUCGGCAGGUGAAUAGUUCUAUAUUUGCACUGUGUAGAGCAGUUCGGCAUUUUGUAUCACUUCUUGGGGACAAUAAAGCACGAACAAGUUCGCAUGCUUAUUCUUCGUACCCAAAUUCUUUGAGCAUGAUGUUAUGUUCUCCAGAAUUUAGGCUCUCUCUCAGCAAAGCUGUCGAGUCAAUACCAGAAGGGCAAGCAAGUGGAUGUAUUCGGCAGUUGAGUUCAGAUGUUAUGGAAUCGCUGCAGUGGAUGAAAGUUGACUGUCAGCUGGCCAGUGAAGAUGAACUUACAAAGUCAAGUCCAAGUAGAUGUGACUUGCUGCACUUCAAACUGCAAGCAGAACUCAUAGGAAGGGCUUUGUCUGAAGUAUAUAGCAUAAUUGUAGACUCAAUAACAGUCAGUUCUGGCAAUAGUUAUCUGGUCGGUGUUUCUGUGAAAAAUUUGAUAGAAAAUUGUCGCCUGAGUUUGAGUUGCCUAGUUUCGUUACAACCAGAUAAUAUUAAAGAAUUCUCCAAUUUAUUUAAUAGAAGAAGUUCAAAGAAGAGAGAUGGCUGUGAGAACAUAUCCAUGUGUUGGAUUCUAGUGUUCUACUUCCGUUUGUAUUUGUCCUGCAGAAGCUUAUUACGACAAGCAAUUAGCUGUAUGCCUCCUGAUGCAUCAAAAAGGAUGUCAGGAGAAAUAGGUGAUUCAUUUUUAUCUCACACUGGAAGGGAUUGGUUGGAGGCAACUGGCUCUGUUGAUGAAGGAUAUUUUUCUUGGAUUCUUCAGCCUUCUGCUUCUCUUCUUAAUGUCAUACAUUCUAUUUUAGAUGUUUAUCUUCAAGGCACUGGCAUAGUUUGUCCACCUCUGGUCUUUGUGUUAAAUACCAUGGCUUUUCAGCGGCUUACCGAUUUGAAUAAGCUGAUAAAAUCCUCAGAAUAUAUGCUUCUGUGGAAUAGAACUCGGGGUCAGCAACAAUUGAAGGAUGGUGCUCAGUUCUCUUUAUACGGUAAGAAAAUUAAAAGAUGGAAAAGGUACCUGUCAGAUUUCAGAGAAGAAGCGGGAGGUCUAACCAAAAUCAUGAUGAAACUUCUCUUGUCAAUGGUUACGGUCCAUGUACCUGCUCCCUCGUUUGAUGAUGGAAUUAAUGGGGACAUCUGGAUCCAAACUCUGCUUAAAAGUGACACACACAGUUUUGCUAUAGGCUCCAUGGAUGAAAAGUUAUUGCCAUCUACACUGUUGUGGAGCUUUUGCAGAACUGUUGAUAUUUGGUGCACUCAUGCUACCAAGAAGGAUUUGAAGAAGUUUCUUGCACUUCUAAUUCAGGCAUAUCUUUCCUGUGUCACUGAUCGUGAAGGCGAAUCUCGAAAGUGUAACAUUGACAAGCCUGGCCACCUGAAGAAAGUCACUGCACAUCACAUUGCGCUGGAGUUUCUAAGCAACACAAUGUCAUAUGAACAAAGUUUUGUCCGCAGGUAUAUGGCAUCCAGGUAUUGCCAGAUCUUGCAGAAGUCAGCGUCAUCUAUGUUUGCUUCUACUAAAGUUGAUCUAAGUUCAUCACCUGAUUGGAUGGAGGUUAUAUGUGCAGUUGAAAAUGCAUCCAAUGUGCAGAAUGGUGAUUCAUUGUGGACAGGAUCAAAUAGAGAUCCUGCUCAAAAAGGAACUAAUAUUGAAUUUGCAAAAUGCCGGCAUUUGCUCAAGCUUUUAAAUUGGAUGCCAAAAGAAUAUAUGAGUUCGAGAUCCACUUCAUUGUACAUUACUUGCAUUCUGAACCUUGAGAGGCUUCUGGUUGGCAGCUUGUUAGGCUGGCAUGGUUUGUUAUGCUCCUGCGAUGCUCUUGAGAUCCUCAGAUUGUUUGUAUCCUGUCGAAGGGUUCUUAAGAAUCUAAUCAUGGCAUCUUGUGAAGAGAAUAUGGAAGGUCGUCAAUCUUCAGUUGCUAGCAAAUUCUCAGAGAACUCGUUUCCUCUGUUUUGGCUUUCUAAGUCAUUGUCAGCAGUCAUGGGAUUUCAACAUGCAUUUCCAGACAAUAUUGCUUUUGAAGCAAAAAAUGCAUUUUUUUCCUUGAUGGAUCACACAUCUUAUGUGUUUUUGACAGUGUGUAAAGAUCAUUACUCCCUUGUUACGUCUACGAAGCUUUGUAAAGCUAAGAAAAGCUCAGAUGGUGGCCUUGAGGAGUAUGAUCAGAAGGCAUACAACAAUCUCCAGUUGGACCCCCCUCUGAAUGUAGAUGCAUGGGGAAGUGUUGUGCAGGUAGCUGAGACAUUAAAAGAACAAAUGCAAAACUCACUUGUCACUUUCAACGAAGCUUUACUUGACAAGAAAGUAGGGAUUUCACGUAACUUUAUUGAGUUGAAUAAGUUAUAA